GGAGGGGGCGAGCGAGCCGAUUUAGGCCUGUGUGUGGCGUCUCGGAGACGCCGCCGCAGCUAUGGCCAGUCAGUCGCAGGGCAUCCAGCAGCUGCUCCAGGCCGAGAAGCGGGCCGCCGAGAAGGUGUCCGAGGCCCGCAAGCGAAAGAACCGGAGGCUGAAGCAGGCCAGAGAAGAAGCCCAGGCUGAAAUUGAACAGUACCGCCUGCAGAGGAAGAAGGAGUUCAAGGCCAAGGAAGCUGCGGCUCUGGGAUCCCACGGCAGUUGCAGCACUGAAGUGGAGAAGGACACCCAGGAGAAGAUGACCAUCCUUCAGACCUACUUCCGGCAGAACAGGGAUGAAGUCCUGGACAACCUCUUGGCCUUUGUCUGUGACAUCCGGCCAGAAAUCCAUGAGAAUUACCGCAUAAAUGGAUAGGGGAAGAGCAAAAGCGCUGUGCCAUGGAUUGGCAUUUUAGAUGCCUUCAUAGAAUAUGAGGCUUUAACAAGGCUUGGGUUAUAUUCUUGUGAAAAGGCAUUAAAUUAUUUCUGUAUAUU